AUGCCGACUGUCGAAGUGGCUUCCGUGGUUGCAACAUCCUUCAAAACCUCAUUGAGAGGUCAGCGGCGGCGGCUGGUUGUCGGCCUGGCGCCGUUCCGUAGUGGCUCAGGUCCCAAGCGAAGGGGCUUGAGCAGAAGUUCCGAGAAGCCAACCGCUAUUGCCGUCGCUCCCCCUGUCGAAGCCAAGGAAAUCAAGGACAAUGACGCCAAUGAUGACGACGACGACGACAACGGGGUAUUAUGA